CCCAUUGAUUUCAGCCAGAGAGGACUGGGAGCGCAGGAGGAGGACCGUCACAAAGGAACAGAGCAGCAGCGCCGGAGGAACGCCUCCAAACAUCUCAUCCUUUACGUUAAAGCCCGUUGAUUUUAUGCGUCGCCUUUAUAUAGAUAAUUUCCGGAAUUUGCAGGCAAAUCAUUGUAGUGUUUUAUCCGAGGGAAACGGCCUCAUCCUGACCGGGAAUAACCAAGGAGUUGUUACACUCCCCGAGCGCAAGGCUUGCAUCGUGGCUCUUUCAGAAGUGGCAUGUUCGAGGGAUACUGCGGACACAAUUGAACUCCUGCUUUCACCCAAAGAGGAUUCAAUGAAAAUGUCCGUGUGCGUCCAUGAGAACCGGAAAUCACGAGCCAGCACUGGCUCAAUGAACAUCUACCUGUUCCACAAGUCCUCCUAUGCUGACAGCGUCCUCAUGCACCUCAACUCACUGCGACAGCAACGGCUUUUCACAGAUGUCCUGCUUCAUGCCGGUAGCCGCUCCUUCCCCUGCCAUCGUGCCGUGCUGGCCGCCUGCAGCCGUUACUUUGAGGCCAUGUUCAGUGGCGGACUGAGGGAGAGCCAGGCUAGCGAGGUCGACUUCCGUGACUCCAUCCACCCCGAGGUUUUAGAGCUCCUGCUGGAUUACGCGUACUCGUCACGUGUAGUCAUUAACGAGGAGAACGCAGAGUCGCUUUUGGAGGCUGGGGACAUGCUGGAGUUUCAGGACAUCCGGGAUGCUUGUGCUGAAUUCCUGGAGAGAAACCUUCACCCAUCUAACUGCCUUGGCAUGCUGUUGCUGUCUGAUGCUCACCAGUGCACCAAGCUGUCAGAGCUCUCCUGGGGUAUGUGCCUCAGCAACUUUCCAGCUAUUUGCAAGACAGAGGACUUCCUCCAACUGCCCAAAGAUAUGGUGGUGCAGCUUUUGUCACAUGAGGAGCUAGAGACAGAAGAUGAGAGACUGGUUUAUGAAGCUGCCCUUAACUGGAUCAACUAUGACCUGGAAAAGAGGCACUGCCACCUUCCAGAGCUCCUGAGAACGGUCCGUCUGGCCCUGCUGCCUGCCAUCUUUCUGAUGGAGAAUGUUUCUACCGAAGAGCUGAUCAACGCCCAACCCAAGAGCAAGGAACUGGUGGAUGAAGCUAUCCGUUGUAAGCUGAAGAUCCUGCAGAAUGAUGGCGUCGUUAACAGCCCAUGUGCUCGGCCAAGAAAGACCAGCCAUGCCCUCUUUCUGCUGGGAGGGCAGACGUUCAUGUGUGACAAGUUGUACCUGGUGGACCAGAAAGCCAAAGAGAUCAUCCCCAAGGCCGACAUUCCCAGUCCCAGGAAGGAGUUCAGCGCCUGCGCUAUCGGCUGUAAGGUAUACAUCACUGGUGGGAGAGGCUCAGAGAAUGGUGUGUCCAAAGAUGUGUGGGUCUAUGACACCGUCCACGAGGAAUGGUCGAAGGCGGCACCCAUGCUUAUUGCCAGGUUUGGCCAUGGCUCUGCGGAGCUGAAACACUGCCUCUACGUGGUAGGAGGUCACACAGCAGCAACUGGCUGCCUCCCAGCCUCUCCGUCUGUAUCACUCAAACAGGUGGAGCAGUUUGACCCAGUGGCAAACAAGUGGACCAUGGUGGCUCCUUUGAGAGAGGGUGUGAGCAAUGCAGCAGUGGUCAGCGUCAAGCUCAAGCUCUUUGCAUUUGGAGGAACCAGUGUGACCCACGACAAGCUGCCGAAGGUGCAGUGCUAUGAUCCGCAGGAGAACCGAUGGUCUGUGCCCGCAUCCUGCCCGCAGCCGUGGCGCUACACAGCCGCUGCUGUGCUGGGAAACCAGAUCUUUGUCAUGGGCGGGGAUACAGAGUUCUCAGCAUGCUCAGCUUAUAAGUUCAGCAGCGAGAGCUACCAGUGGACUAAAGUGGGGGAUGUGACAGCCAAGCGAAUGAGCUGCCAGGCUGUGGCGUCGGGGAACAAACUGUAUGUGGUUGGCGGGUACUUUGGCACGCAGCGGUGUAAAACUCUUGACUGCUAUGACCCCACACUGGAUGCUUGGAACAGCAUCACUACUGUGCCAUACUCGCUCAUUCCUACUGCUUUCGUCAGCACCUGGAAACAUUUGCCUGCUUGAGCCCCAAACCUUCUACCUACACACUUUCCAUGAGAUUUCCCUAUUUUGCAUCAUCUACUGGACUCCAACUGUGAACAAGCACACAUUAUCUUCCUUUAAAAGAGACACUGAGCAGUGAUGUACAGACACCCGCAUUCAUCUUGAUGUUGCAAAGAUGCAGAAAGCAGAAACUGGACAAAGCUGGACACUUUACUGGAAUGACGGCAUCUCUGGUUUCUGAGACAGAAGCUGAGGCGUGCGGUGCAGUAGUUCACGCAAACAAACCAAACAAACUGCUGCUUGUUAUGUGAGGUACAAACUUCCAACCUUGUGUACAUCAGUCAUAUCAGGCUCGUGCUUUCAUGCUGCCAUAAGAGGACUGCAAACAUAUCACACAACCUGUAUUUUCCCCCAUUUAGUCUUGACAGGCUUGUGAGGAUCUGUAUUGAUGUUUUUCUCUGUGAUAAAAAAAGAAGAAAAAAAUGCUCUUUUCAUCAAGGCUGCACUGUAUAGCAUGAUGGAUGUUCUAUUUAGACUGAGGGAGGGAGAAUGCAAUGAUUGGUGUGCUAAAGAACAGUUCGACUGAAUAUAACUGAUUUAUAAAAGGCACAAUGAAGGAGCAAAUCUCCCCCUUCUCUUCUCUAAUAAGCUCUUUUGUUUGGCCCCUUGUAUGUUUUUUCUUCUUCUUUCAAAGACAUGCUUCUAACAGCACUGACACAAACAAACCUCCCUAGUGUUCCUCUUAUGAAGCAGUUUGCUGUCACUGCAAGCCACCAGGUGUUGACGACCAACACCAGCUGAGGUUGAGGAGGACGGAGGGGAUCUGUGCAUGCACGACGGGGGUCAAGGUGCCUCGGGGUCACGACCUUACAUGUUUGCUGUUUCGCAGCUAUACGUUGAGCGCUGGUUAACUGGCCCACUGUACACAGGGGUGGUAUUCAGUGUUUGGAUUCAGCGCUUCAGAAAGAACACUGUCACAUUCAGCUGUACACUUAUUGCUGUAAAAGACCGUCUGUGCUUCUGAUGUUCUGAUGAAAGCGGCAGUUCGCUUGCUGAGUCAUAGCUGAACCCUUUCUAGAGCAUGUCCACUCAUAGUGAUUCAGUAAAACUGGCAUGAACUCUUCUCUGUGGUCCCAGAAAUCUUGUCACCUUAACCUAAACUGAGAAUUAAUCUGUUUCUUUUUAAACUCACUGCAAUGUAGUCUUAAUUUAUAUGACAAUGAUUACUCUGUUAUGUUAAUAUGUUUAAUCCUAUUUAUUUCUUCUCUGCCUGCAUUCUUAUGUGAAUGUAUGUUCAGGUUAUGUCAUGCAUGGCCAGGUGUUUGUGUUUUAUUUGAUCUCAGUUGGGCUGCAUUUUGCACAAUUCAGUCUUUCCCAGGAGGAACUUCUUUGAAAAGAGACACAGAGUGUGGAUGGGAGAGGGAGAAUGUCUCACAUUACUGAUGGUGUGACGCAGUUUAGGCCACAGGGUCACUGCCCAAAUAAGAAGACUGAAUGGGGUUUUCAUUUUUUACUUCUGUUAGGUUUAAGCUCUAACCAGGGUCCAAACUUGUCUUAAAUGGUCCCAUUGGGGCCCAACCUGUACCAACAAAACAAGAAGAUAUAUAAACUAUAAAACAGAUAAGGCUGCUACAAAUGGUGCAGUGUGUGACCCAGUAACUAACCCUGACAUGGUUAAAGAAUGCGACAGUCUUUGCAGCUGUCCUUGAGACAGCUGGAGGACUGUCACAUGUGCUAACUUGGCUCUUCUUUGGGGCUUAAACUCAGUCUUCUUCACCAUUAGGUUGAGAGAGAGUUGAAUCCGGUAAGCUGUGCAUUGAUAAGGGCAGACACCGCAGUGCUUUUCACCAUAGUGUCAAUGAUGCACAAAAAAUAGAAGAAAAAAAACAUUGCAAGUUCCUAAAGACCAAAAAGAAAGAAUGUCUUAACACCGCGUUUCCACCAAACACUUUCGGUACAGUACCCUAAGAACCAGUAUGUAACCUGUGCAGACAUGUACCUAAAUCCUAGGUCUGUUUAGUGUUUCCACCGCAGAGGCUACUCUUAAAUGUAGGUGGGGUUGUUACACAAUAGUAAUAGCUGCGUCAGUGCUCCAACCAGCUCUGUAUUUCCUCUUCUCAGGCGAUGCAGAGGAAAGUCUGCACCUUCCUGAUCGUCCAUGGAAUAGAGUUGCAUGCCAACAUUUUAAAAAAGAAAAAUAACAGGCUGGAGUGUUUACAGUCACAGUCGAUUGGAUAUUUAAAGACAGCGGGUUUGUGCAUUGAAGACCAAGAGUGACAAUUCUCUCUUAAAUCAAUGGACUGCACCCUCUGAUGUCACCAGGUGUCAAUAUGACAUCAGAAAAUUGGGUUGAUGAUAAUGUAAAUGUCUCACGUUAACGUAAUGACAUUUACAGACAUUAGGGUUUGUUGUCCAUACUUCACAAUUAAAUGUCCUUAUUUUAUGUCAAGGUGACAUUGGCAUGAAACGUUUUGAAGACACUGGAUUUUGGUUACAAAAGAACGCAACUUAAAAACAACAAAAUAUCAUCUGUCCACACUACUCUAUGUCAAACUAACAUUGGCAAUAGACUUGCUGAUAUUGAAUUUUGGCCACCUGACUUCACAACCUAAAUUCAACCAAUUAUCAAUGUCUAACAAAGCUGGCGGCCAGCUGGACAGUGUUUCUAGCUCCACCUUUUAGUAUUGGAUCAGUGUAACAAAUUCAACUGAAGCGGACUGCUUGGUGGAAACGAGGCUAAACACUUGCAUAAUAAAUACUUGGUAACUCUAAUCAGUGUUUUUGUCUGUGUGUCUGUCUCUGUGACCUGAACAUUGACGUUUUACAAUUGAAUAUUAAUGGUAUCAUUGAAUUUCAAUGUAAGAGGUGAUGUUUUGGUGAAAUAUGUAUAUAUUUUUUCAAAUGUCCUCCUUUGUGGAUUUAUGAAACAGAUAUGUGGGGAUCAAUUGGUAAACAGCUCUGUAAAUUCCUGCUCAGUUCCUUAAGCCACCCAAAAGUUCAUCCUUUUAUUGGCUAUUUGAGGACUUCAAUGGAGACCCUUGGGGGCUCCAUAAUGUUGACCUCCUCCAACCACUGAACACAGAGCUUCUGGCCCCACCAAUCAGAUAGGAGCUUUUCUUUCCCACAGAAUGCAAGUUUCCCUGGCAACAACAAGUAAUGAAUGCCCCUUCAAUUUGCACCUAAUUGCUGAGUGGCAUUUCCCAUUUCUACUCUUGCCCUCCGCUUAUCCUGUUUUAUGUGGAAAUCCAGCUGGCUCAGAUUGGAGCGCAGUGUCUUGCUUCACAUAAUGAUGUAAAUUAGACAGAAAACACUGUCAAUGCACAUCAGUUUCUUUUGUUUUUUGUCAUGUAAAAGUUUAAUUUCUAUUUUUAUGGCAUUAUUUUGUACAUGUGAUUUUUUUCACAAUGUGAAAUUCAUGGCUAAUAAACAUAAAGAGUUUUUUCCUCUUGA